GGACCGGCGCCGCUGGACGCGCGCUGGGGACGGCUGCUGAUGCAUUUGCUCUGGAAGCGGCGAGAGCUCGACUAUAUGAUGUCCUGGCUUUCGACACUGGGUGGCGCGUUCUCGGCGCUCGGCGACUACUACGCCGACUGCGCGGUGAUCGCCGGCAGGAUCUCGGUGAAGCAGCUGGAGCUGGCGCUACGGCUCGGUGACCCGCUGACCGCGGCGCGGUGCAAGCUCUACGCCGCCAUCAGUCUGCUGCAGCGCGGCAGCUUCGAGACGGCUGCGGCGCUAGUGCGCCAGCAAUACCGGCUGCGCGAGGCGCGCCGCGACCGCCGCCUGCGCAACAUGUGCCGCGGCAUCUGGGCGAAGCUACAGUACGAGCGCUGCCGCCGCGCCGCCGAACACGGCUAGCGUCCGGCCGUCGGCGGGGAGCGGCGGUCGGGCUGCCACCCCACGGCUCGCGGUCAUGGGGCGAUGGGGACGAGAUUAGCUGGAUCUCGGGACGCGGGCCUCGCCGAGAGCCCAUUCAUGAUCUCUCAGUAUCGGGCGGGCCUGUGGUUGAAGGGUGUCGAGGCUGGGGAACCCUCGACGUGCGUGUCGAGACAGGACGACCCCCUGCUGAGGCCACUGCACAUUGGCGGCCAAUCGAUUCGUUCGGCAGAAACGAAAGACGCUUGUGCGCUUCUAGCCAUCGGGGUCUGACGAUUUGCGUCUCUGCCUGAAAUUCACGAUAUCUGAAAGUCAGGUGUAACCCGGCUGCAUGGUCACCAAACAGCAACAGGCACUCUCCGUUUUGCAUGCUUUAAUUGGAACUCAUAGACGACACCAAACCCCUUGGAUCAGGUUAAUCUAAGCUUACUCAUGAUGAAAGGAUAUUUUAGAAAUGACGGGUGUUUCUGUGUCUGUUACAACACUGUUGUCCUCUGGUCGAACCAACCAGCGUGCAGGGGUCUUUGCGGUUGCAGCUAUGCAACUGAGUCCCGUUGCUGUUUGAAUGUUUGUGUCCAGACUGCGGAGACGCCAACUGCUUCUGCGGCCCGCCGAGCCCACGCCCACCGAGCCCACGCUCCAACGAGCCCACGUGCAUCUAACUGCCGCUGAAACUGUCGCCGGCUGGUUUCAGAGGUGUUGGCCGUUGUCGUAGUAAUACUCAGAGAACACCCAACGUAGCUUUGCCAGCGAUGUCCGCGUCUCGUGGUGCCUUGGAUUGGCUCCAGGUUUCCAGAUGCGUUGCGACUAUGAUUUGUGGCGUUGCCAAUCUCUGAGCAGUGUCUGCCCCGUCACCGCUGGCCGUCCGCCCCGUUCCCCCCCCCCCCCCCGUCCUUUAACUACCAGGUGUUGUUCUCAUGGGCAUGGCCUUCCCUUUGAUAAACGCUGUUGCCACGCAAGCCGGUGGCCCGGUAUCCUGCCGAGGUGAAGGAAUGGCUACCUCAGCACGUCCGCGAACGGGACCGGACCUUUCACUGCGGUGUGGUGAGAUGUGAAUUCUCGUCUGUGAUAUGUUGAAAGCUGGCAGAUGCCAGUGACAAUACAGGUUUAUUACUGAA